AGGUUACGAACAGGAGCUAUUGCAGCAUUUCAUCAACGUCGAAUCAAGACACGGCUUCCCCAUAUUAUAUAUUCAGCUCCAUUGCAAGUCACUGUCACCUCAGUACUCAAGUUCUACACCGUAGCGCAGCCCCACUCCUCAACAACACAGGCAUCUCCAGCCAUCAACCAUGGCAGCCGUCACUGCUUGUGCAUCCACCAGCUUGGCUGGACAGGCUCUUGGAGCCUCCAGCAAUGCACUCGCCAGCAGGGUGAAUGUUGGAGAGUCCCGCGUUGUUAUGGCCAAGGGAUCUGCUUCUAACAGUAUCUGGUACGGUGAGGACCGACCCAAGUACUUGGGCCCAUUCUCCGGCGCUACCCCAUCUUACUUGACCGGUGAGUUCCCCGGUGACUACGGCUGGGACACCGCUGGACUCUCUGCCGACCCCGAGACCUUCGCCAAGAACCGUGAAUUGGAAGUGAUCCACGCCCGAUGGGCCAUGUUGGGAGCUUUGGGAUGUGUCACCCCCGAGCUGCUGGCCAAGAACGGCGUCAAGUUCGGCGAGGCAGUGUGGUUCAAGGCCGGAUCGCAGAUUUUCUCAGAGGGAGGUCUGGACUACCUCGGCAACUCUGGCCUCGUCCACGCGCAGAGCAUUCUGGCAAUCUGGGCCUGCCAGGUCGUGCUCAUGGGAGCCAUCGAGGGAUACAGAGUAGCAGGAGGACCCUUGGGAGAAGUGAGCGACCCGAUCUACCCCGGAGGCCAAUUCGACCCCCUGAACUUGGCUGAGGACCCAGACACCUUCGCUGAGCUGAAGGUGAAGGAGCUGAAGAACGGAAGGCUGGCCAUGUUCUCCAUGUUCGGAUUCUUCGUCCAGGCCAUCGUUACCGGAAAGGGACCCAUCGAGAACUUGUCCGACCACUUGGCUGACCCGACUGUGAACAACGCCUGGGCCUACGCCACCAACUUCACCCCCGGAAACUAGAGACAUGUGAAGAUAGAAAAGCUCCACGGUCAUCUCUGGUGGGCAUGAUAUUGUAAUUCAAUGUACAUUACUACAUCAUUAAAGCAACCUUAUUCAAUUGGGUCAUC